AUGACUUGUACUUGUACCUCCUUGAACAGUAGCAGCAAUAGAAUCAACAAUAAUAAUGAAUGGGCCAACCUUCCUCCUGCCGUCAAGCGAAAAUACUUCUCGUCUCUCGAGAGACUGAGGCUUGCGCAGAACUCCGCGUCCGCAACAAAAGCUGCCUCGGUGAAAAGUUGUCAUGGCGCCUUGAAAGCUUCCAAACCAAAAUCCUCGCCAUCACGUCCUGCGCUGGCUCGGAGGAAUUCAAGCUACUUCAAGAAUCCUCCCAUUUUACGAAGGAAGACUCCUUCGCCCUCGAGCGAUACAUUCAUCCCAUCAGAUGCUCAAUGGUUCCUCAGACUGCCCAAUAAGGUCCAACGAAAACAUUUCACUAGGGAGGAGCGCCUUGCGUUGUCAGGACAUAGGGACAGCAUCGUUCUCGACGCCUCAGAUGAGAAAUUCUGCAGAUUCUACAGGCAAGGCAGGGAAGGGAAUCGAAGUGUGCCAACACUAAGGACCUCAUCAUACUCAAGCCUAUCUUCUCUGAGCACGUUCGACGACGAGCAACCUGCCGAUUCGGCCAUUGACAUGGACGACUCAAUGAUCUGGUUCGAUGAAGACAAUGACGUGGACUUGUCCGCAAAGCUACAGUUGGACGAUUACCACGAGUUCAUGACCAAAGCUGCAGAAUCUGACAUCAAACCUUCGAAACGCCGGCCUUCGUUUCGGAGAGCGUUAUCUCUAAACCAAUUGCCAUUCGGUGCAAAUACCUCUUCAGUCCCGCCACUUCCGAAAACCACUUAUGCGACACCGUUUGCAACUACACCUCUACCACAACCCGUGCAUCAACAUGCCGAAUCUCGCCCAUUCUUGGCACUUGCUCAUGGACCCCAGACAUCCAAUUCAGCCAUCGAGGCAUCCACGAAAUACUACCAAGAUCCCAAAGCCAGACUAAAGCUCCGCGUCUACCUGGCCUCUCCUCAAAAUUUCGAUGAAGCAAUCGAAUUUGGAUUCCCGUCUAUGGAAGACACAGAGUACCGGCCCUUAAGCCGACCCUCACUUUCCCGAGCCCACAAAACUGCACCCUGCAAAACAUUCCUCCACGAUGACAUCCCCUCCCUAUUCGACGCUCUCGACGAUGAUGAUGACGCUGAAUCUACCACCAGCCUCCCAGAAAGAGACGCACCAUACACUCCAAUGGACAGUGUCUUCAACCACGACGCCGCGCUCCUCUCGCCGUCAGUAGCCACCUCUUCCGGGUCAAGCAAUACACUCUUCCCCAAAUCCACCGUCCGCCACCACACAUCCGAACCUUUCGCACAGCUGCUUGCUGGAAGCAGGGAGAUGACUCUCCGUAUGACGCUCACGAGGCCGGAUUUGCGAGCUGAUGAGAAAGCGUUGUAUGCAAACACCACAGGCGAUGAUCCUCUAGCAUUAGAGCAUCUACCGCCAACGAAGAAAGAAGCGGAUAUCUGGGAUCAGCUUCCAAAAGAGCGUGGCACUCUGAAGAAGUUCUGGAAGAGAGUAAGCGGGAAGGGAUCUUGA